UUUUGCUUCUCUUCAGGGAGCCACACGUCGUCUUAUUUGUGUGUUACGCUGCAGUCGUUGAACGCGGUGAGAAUUUGAAUACUUAGCUUGAUACUUACCCCACCUUAUCCUAAUUUAGUGUAAGUGUGAGGACAAAAGGCCGCCAGACGUGACUUUGUUUACGGCUCCGAGCUCAAAAAAGAAGAUUUUGAAGACUCGUGGUCAGCUCAAAGCCACGUACAGGAUUUUUCCCUCCGGUGUUUUCGUCAAGACUUUUGGAACAUUGCUGCACUUAAGAUCUUUAUUUUAUUAUUAUUAUUACAAUACAAUAGAAAGUCUUUGAUAUAACAGGCGCUUAGAGGUUGGAAGCAAGAUUGGAUAUUGGACGUUGCCAAAGUUUAGAAUUAAAUACUCGAUCCAAUUCGACUUAUUAACACGCUUUUUUUUUAAGGAUAUACGCCCUAUAAACGUAUUUUAUUGAUUUAGAUUGCUUUUCAACAUCGUCGGCUUCAGUCCAUUUUGACCUAAGUGUCGCGUAUCCUCGACCGUCUCGAUACCUUUUAAAAUUUCAUUAUUAUUAAUUUUACUGCUCCCCAAUCCACCAACGAUGGCUUUUAGUGCGCGAGCGUUGGUCCACUUUUUGCGGCCGUCUUGUGUGCUGCCGCUGCUGUUGGCUUUAGCGGUGCUCCAUGCCGGAGCCGAACAGGCCAAGCUGAAGGCGCCGGCGGCCGGGAAGGAGAGCCGGCCGACGGUCACCCUCCGCGGCAUGCUCGGCGGAAGCAGCCAGGAGUUCCACAGCUACGUGGAGUCACUCUUGGGAGUCGGCGCCAUCCGAUCAGCUGCAGAGAGUGCACUCUUGUUUCUAGAGUCACUGCUUGGUCAGGAGAACGUCCGUUCAGUGGCCAUGUUUCUGGGGACGGUGAUCCGCUUCCUGGCCGAAGGAGCUGCCAGUGGCCUCAACGUCAUCGCCGUGUAUGUCACAGAGAUCCUCAGGGUCACAGGAUUUGAUGCUGCCCUCACGCUACCCCGCUUUACCCCAGAGGGCGUGACCACCGUGGCCCAGUGGGGUGUCGUGGCCGUCAUCGGCUACUGGGUUCUGACCAUCCUCCUGCGCUUGGUGAUCGACACGCUGCGCCACGUCUUCUGGUUGGUGAAAAUGGCAGCGGUGCUGUGGCUCUUCGCCAUGAUCGUGAGCGACGGCAGCGCCAGCGCGGACACCACGGCCGUGCGCCUGGGCGGCCUGGUGCUGGGAUACAUCUUGUUGACCCUGCUCACCACCGGCUCGAACAAGAACGGUGCGCUCGAGCAUCGUCUGAAGAGCCUGGAAGGCCGAGUGAAGGCAGUGGAAAAGAGGAAAGGCAACUAGUGAGGAAACAUUGGACAAAGGUGACAGUGAAGAGCGAUCAGUUUUGGUUUCUAUGUGUUCAAACUAUGGUGGGCAAUAAAAGUGGAUUUUUAAUCAGUAA